AUGUGGUCGAAAAUAAGCAACGCGCUCAAGCCAACCAAGGACAUUGACCAAGAUCAAACAACAGACGUUCUAUCAAGAGUCUAUGAGCAACAUCCAAACCUAUCCGUAUUCCACGAAACUACGAAGAAACUCGGCCUACCCAAGAAAGUUAGAUCACAUCUUCAUUUGAGAUCAAACAGUUCGCAAGUGUCUCUCGCUCGAGGAAGUUCAUCUGACACAGUUCGAGAUUCAUCUCGUCCCUCACUCGAAGGCAGCGUCAGGUCAAUUCUCCGUGAUCCAAAGACACCAGGAACUGGCCAAAACGUCCGUUUCUUUUCUCGAGAUGCCUACAAAGUCAUCAGUCCAGACGCUUCAGCUUCCUCAUCCGAACCAUCUCCAAUCUCAUUUGUAGACCGUCUAGCACGAGUCGCUCGUCCUUCUGCAAUGGACGUUUUCGCAGAAGCAGACACUUCCAAUUUAUUCAACUUGAGCCCUGGAAAUGAAAUGCCACAAGGGCUCAAAACGCCAAUGCUAGACACGGCCAUCGAAAUCCCAGUAGGUUCCCCUCAAGAAACUUCAACUCCCUUCAGAGGCCUCCUAGAAGUACCCGUAGACCCUUCCUUCGCUUUGUCUCCCACAAGCUCUACCUUUUCAGCCGAAAUAAGCAUCCCACCUACUUCCCCUCCCCCACGAACCCGUCGCUCCCGCGCACUCAGCGACACGGUAUUCCAAACAAUGCUAAGGAAACACGCACCAGAGGCAGACAUCAAUGACACCUCAAAUGCUUCACUCGUACUCGUUGCAGAGCCACCAGACCCAUUCCGCGCAAAUGCAACAACCUACUACACACCAGGAACAAUGAUCCCCCCUACUCCUCCUCAACCAACACACUCCCGCGCAGCUUCCAAAGAGGAAGACAUCAUCUGGAACCUUCGUACCCAACUAGCCCUCUCACAAGAACUCUGCGCGCAGUACGAGAUCGACUUGGGAGCUAGAGAUGAACUCGUCCAAGCUCUCACCCACCGCGCAGAUGUCGCCGAAAAGGAAAAAGAAAAGAGCAGGAAUGUUUUACGCAGCUGGAAGAAGAAGGCAGGUGAACUCGAGCGCAUGUGUCGCACCCUCGAAGAAGAAGUCGACACCUCCCGACAAGAAAGCCUCGAGCGCAGCGUCAUGGACGAGGCAAGCGGUGAAGCCCUUCGUAUGCUCCAUCGCCAAAUAUCACAGCUCGAGCGCGAAAAGGAGGCGUUGCAAGACCAUGCGGAUACCGCUCACCUACGCGAUCAACUCCGCGAGAAAGACGCAGAACUCGACAAACUGCGCGAGGAGAUCAAGAGUCGGGAUGAUGCAGAACGUGUGUUGCGCGAUGGGAUUCAGGAGGCUAGAGAACAAAUGGAUUACCUCACAACAAAUUCUGUGCGGUCUUCGAUGGCUGAGGAAGCUCUCAUCUUAUCAAACGAGGAGGAACGAGAGAGGCAUUCGACCAUUGAACACGCAUGGGCAGAGGAACGAAUGCGAAUGGUUGAUGCUCACGAUGCUCUCCAGACGGACAAGAACGCCCUCGCUGACGCUGUCCAGCGUAUUUCUUCAGAGUUAGAGCGUAUCAAUUCAGAACACACCACCGCCAUCGAAACCGUCCACAAGGACCUUGACGCAGCCCACCAAGAAUCCGCAGAACUCCACAACACCAUCGAAGACCUCCAGAAUGACAACGAAGCCCUUAAAUCCGAACUCGAAGCUCUCGAAACCAAGCUCCUUAACAUGGAAGAAGAAUGGAGUGAAGGGGAGAACCAACGCGUCGAGCUCGAAUCAGAGCUCCAGCGAGCCACUGAAGAGCACGAAACCCGCAUCACAUGUCUAACCGCCGAGCUCACCUUCGCCAACGAAAACGUCUUCCGUCUCGAAUCCAACAUCAAAGAACGCGACGCCGCCAUCUCAACCCUUACUACCACCCUCCUCACACGCACAGAUGAAGCCGAAUCCCUCCGGGAAGAACUCACCACCAUUAAAGUUGAGCAUUCCCGUGCUUUCUCCUCCCAAACCCGUGCCCUCCAAGAUCUCCAAACCCAAGAAAAAGACCUGCGCACGCAGCUUGAAGUCGCAGUACGGGAAAAGGCAGAGAGUGAUAUCAUGUUGGGCAUGAGUAAAGAGCGCGUGGGGUCGUUGAUGGAUGAAGUUGCGAAACUGAGGAGGACGGUGCAUGAGAUGCAGCAGACGAGUGCUGCGCGUGACGUGACUAUUCUGCAGUUGCGCAAGGAGCGGGAGCGGGAUCGGGAGGAUGUUAAUGGGCUUAAUAUUGCUUUGGAUUCGAAGCAGCAAGAACUUGAACUCAUCAAGAGGAAGAUAUCAUUGAAGAGUGUCGCGGUGUCAAGUACGCCAGUUCCAAGCAGGGUUAUAAGGCGUGAAUCGAUGAUUGGAACGCCUUCUUCAUCCCGACCUCCUUCGUCUAUGUCAGACGCAUCGAAAGAUGGGAAAUCGGACACGCCUUCUACAUCUUUAGCGCCUCGCGCGAGUUUCAGUGCUCUCACCCGCAGCGUGCGUAUUAACGCCACCACCAACCCCCCUGGUAAAAUGGGUCCUCCAGCUCCUAAAUCCCGUUCAUCACUUGCUACCACCACACCUCCCACCCGAACAUCCUUGGCUUCAUCUACUACAUCCCGCGCACCUUCGUCUCUCGGCAAAUCAAACACGACUCCGAGACCCAGUGGUCUUGGGACGGGUGCGCCACGGAGAGUGUCGACGAGUUCUGUAGAGAGUAACUUGAAGACGCCUGUUGCGUCUGGUGCGAGGAGGGUCAGUGCUAGUUCGAGUGUGCCGAGUGAGAUUGAUGAGAAGGAGAAAGAGAAUGUGACUGUGACUGUGAGCGCUAGAGGGGUGAAGACGCCGAGAAGGGUUGUGCCUGCUUAG